AUGGGUGAACAUGCAAGCCAAUUCAAAGAACAGACAGCCUGGGCAAUCUACAUAGCCUUAAAUUUCGCUCUCCUUAUUCUAUCGAGCAACCCUUCAAUCUCCAGGACAAGAAUGUCGCUCCCGACAGCUCUCGUGGGAUUUGCGAUCUCACUUUCAAUGCCAUAUUUGUCGCAUUUGGAACAUACGCGGUCACUUCGGCCAUCUACGAUCAUCUGCCUGUUCAUGAGCAUGACGCUGGUGCUUGAUAUUUUCCGUCUGCGGACUUUCUGCCUUCUGCCCGAUAAUCGGUUGGUCACAUGCUUAUUUGCCUCGGUGUAUAUGAGCAAGACAGCUAUUUUGAUCGUGGAGUCCAUUGAGAAACAGCAACUGCUCGGACCAGGAAGCCAGUCACUUCCGCCAGAGGCUACGGCAAAUGUUUUCAACCGCUACCUUUUCUGGUGGACUAAUGGGGUGCUGUGGCUUGGUCUCAAGAGAGCACUGACUGCGGAUAGUCUUCCUUGCAUUGAUGAUGCCAUCGGGGCAGCUUGCGUGCCAAAGAUGCUGACAGAAGCGUUGGAAAAGGCCGAUCCUUACCGAUCAAAUGCGCUCAUCUGGGCAUUUGCAUUCCUUGAUAAAUGGGAGCUCAUAAGCGGGAGCUUAGCUCGCCUGGUCUGCACUGGAUUGACCUUCUGUCAGCCUGUGUUGAUCCUGCAGCUUCUGGAGUCGGUCGACGGGUCGGACCGUACGCACGCGACAACUCGAAGUGCUGUCUUGCUUGCAGCCUACGUAGUGGUUUAUGUUGGUCUGGCAAUCUCGUUUGCUGCGUAUGAGCAUAGAAUGUGUCGCUUUGCGAUCACCUCUAGAAAGAAGUUCGCAGCGGUAGUCCUCAAUAGAACCAUGAACUGCAGGCAAGAUUCGUCAGAUGAUCUCAAGAGUGUCUGUGAGAUCCACCGUGACAUUGAGCGCACUUGCAAUGCAUUUCAACAUAUCCAUGACUUGCCAUUCACUUUCAUGGAGGCUUUGGUAGCUGUUUGGCUCUUGGCACGGCUACUGGGUCUUGCCAGUAUUGCGUCCGUUGUGGUUAACGUGGCCUGUUUGAUUGCUGGGAGUACACUAGCAAUUGUAUCGGACCGUGCUCGAGACAGAUGGCUCAAAGCUACGGAGCUACGUCUGGACAUGACAUCGAAAAUUCUGACCGUCAUGAAAGCUAUCAAAAUAACUGGUCUAGGGAAGCACAUGCUGGCUGAUCUGCGAGAAGCAAGAUUGGAUGAAAGCAAAGCCUCCUUUCCAUUUCGCGUCUACACGGUCCUCCUUCUUACAUGCUCCUAUGUGUCAACAGCACUCACCCCGGUCCUUGGACUUGGUUUUUAUGUCAUCCUCGCCAGAGUUCACGACUCAGGCACCCUCACAAGUAGCACCGCUUUCCCGGCAUUGACUCUUUACUUCUUCCUGGACCAACGCAUUGUCACUUUGAUUGAUGGAUCGAAUGAAAUCAACGCGGUGACCCAAUCAUUGCAGCGACUCCAAAGACACACAUUGAUCUCUGAACAUGCCGACAGCCGUGAGAUUGUUAACGCGAGCUUUACAACAUUCGGCGAGGUCACAUCAUCAUCACAUCAACAGAUAGAUCGAACUUCUUACUGUGCGAUCGCUGAGGGUUUGACUGCGGGCUGGUCCCUAGAUACCGAGGCGGCUCUGAAGAGUGCAACAUUCGGAAUAAGGACCGGCGUGUUGACGAUGAUCGUGGGGCCCCGCUGUUGCGGAAAGUCGACAAUGCUGAAGGCUUUGCUUGGCGAGGUGCCAAUUAUCUCGGGAAGGAUUCUGACUAUCUUCAAAAAUGCUGCGUUCUGCAGUCAAGUCCCGUGGCUUGGUCAUGGCACAAUUCGUCAAACUAUCGUAGUUGGCUCAGCCUGGGACAGCGACUGGUACAGCACCAUCGUUCGAGCAUGUUGUCUGCAGGCAGAUUUUGACCAACUCCCACUAGGUGAUCAGACAUUACUUGGUUUGAGCACGAAAUAUUUGAGUGAAAGCCAACAGAAGCGAGUGGCAUUGGCGCGAGCACUUUAUGCACGGGAGUCUGUUCACGUUUUCGAUGAUCCACUCCAGGGCCUUGAUGAAACAAUUGAAAGAGAGAUCCUCGAUCAAGUAUUCUCAACGAGUGGGCUUCUCAAAAGAGCCGGCCAGACUGUCAUUAUGGCAACCAAUUCAGGUUUGAGCACAUACACCCCGAUCAAGUCGACUCAUCUUGCUAACAAUCUCAAAGCUCACCAUCUUCUUUACGCUGACAGUGUAAUCUAUUUGAAUGAAAAUGGACAAACUAUUCAGCAGGACUCGUACGAAGCUCCAGCAAUCAGACAUUGCCAAAACAGUCCUGGCAUGAAACCCAAAGACCAUCAAGCCACGAAUGGUGUGACUAGCGCAUCACUUCAGAGACCUACAGUAUCUCCGGACGUUCAAUGGGAAAGAGGACACAAGCCUGAGACAGGUGACCUUGAGGCGUGCCUUCUUUACAUAAGAAGUGUGGGAAUGCCAGUUUUGCUUUUGCUGCUUGUGUGCACAAUCUCUUUCGUGCUUUCGUUCAUUCUUCAACAGGUCUGGCUCAAUUGGUGGACUUUAUCAAACAAAGCUCGACCGAAUCAAGAUAUUGGAUUUUGGCUCGGGAUUUACGGGGCGCUGGGCUGCUUCGCCCUAUUUCUGACCUUUUUGGUGCACUGGCUUUUCAGCGUCAUCCUCGCUCCCAGAACAGCUCAUAGGUUUUGUGAGAAUCUUCUAGAGGCAUUGCUAAGGUAUGCACAUUGCAGGCUCAACUCCCGUGAGAUAUCAAGUUCUAAACAGGACGAUCACAGCACGACUCCUGGACUUACAUGUCCUCUCGAAAGAGAAAAUGCCAUGAACAGGUGGGACUCUCUUCACACUCACAAGCUGAAUCAGGACUUGGGACUGAUCGAUGGCGCGCUUCCCGAAACUUUCGAGCUCACCCUCUAUACAAUAUUGAGUGUACUGGGAGAGUCAAUUUUGAUUUUCAUCGGCUCCUCUUUCAUACUCGCAACGGUGGUACCAGUGGUCCUGCUAUACGUCUUUUACAUUGGCAAAUGUUAUGUCAGGACGGCGCGUCAGCUCAGGAUCCUUGACAACCAGGCAAAGGCGGAUCUUCUCUCACACCACGAAGAUCUAGUGAGCGGUAAUAUGAUCAUUCGCGCCUAUGGGUGGCUCAAACAUUAUCAAUGUCAGAGUACUCUUGCUCUGAAUGCAUCCCAGCGUGUUCUCUACACACUCGGCUGCACACAGCGUUGGUUGAGUGUCACCCUUGACUUGACUGUUGCAGGCAUUGCAACUCUUAUUGUUGCCGUCGCACUUCUAAGUACAGAUGGUCAAGGUUCAAGAAUGCUAGGUGUUUCGUUAUUCAAUCUGGUCGGCUUCAGCGGUACUCUUCACGUCUUCAUCAAACAGUGGAACACUCUUGAUGCCAAUAUUGGAGCUGUGUCCCGAAUCUGGACUUACGUGCGCGAUACAAAGGCCGACAACUUAGGUGUGGACGCGCAGACUAUCUCACCACUCUGGCCAAGCAGAGGUGUUAUACAUAUCAGCAGCGUUACAGCUUCAUGGGUUCAUUCGAUAAAUCCCGUCCUCCACGAUAUAAGUCUCACGAUCUGCGCUGGUGAAAAGGUGGCUCUAUGCGGUGAAGCGGGCAGCGGUAAAUCGUCGCUCCUUUCGGCGAUACUACAAGUCCUGGAUCUCAACCAAGGCUUCAUUGAGAUUGACGGUAUAGACAGCUCCAGACUCUCUCGCGAAGUAUUGAGGUCUCGGCUUAAUACAAUCCCUUGCGACACUGUCUGGCUUCGUGGGACCUGGCGUCGAAAUACGAAUCCUGAAGGCAAUGCCUCAGACGAGACAAUCGUUGCUGCGCUGAAUGCCGUGGGACUCUGGUCAAUCAUCACGUCUCAAGGCGGCCUGGACGCCUGUGUAGAGGAAAAUAUCUUCUCGGUCGGUCAGCAGCGCUUAUUCCGUGUAGCACGGGCUUUGUGUCGUCCAAGUAACAUCAUUCUCAUCGACGAGUCGCCAAGCAGCACGGACGUCGAAACCGACGCCAUCGUUCUGGACACUAUUCGCACCUAUUUCGAAGGACGAACCGUGCUCGCGGUCGCGUACAACGUCGACAAUAUUCUGGACUUUGAUAAGAUUGCUUUCAUGGCUCACGGACGCAUCAUAGAGUUCGAUACUCCAAAGGCACUCUUGUCGAGAGAGGGUGGCGCUUUCAGAAGCAUGUUCGAGACGAUCCGCCGUCGGCCGUUGUGA